AUUAAUAGUUAAACAUUAACUUGUACGAGAUUACUUCACAAUGAAAGUUCUCACUCUGGCGAUCGGUAUUUUGUGCAUGUCUUUUGCAUAUGCUGAUCUACAUGGAAAUCCACCAGAAGGCGGGCGUGGAGCUGAUGAUGAAAGUGGAAAACUUAUGGAGUUUAUGACCGACCUCCUAGGGAUGCUUCCAAAAGGCAGUGGUACGGGUGAUACUGCUAAGAUCAUGGACUUUGUAAAACAGCUUUUCGACUCUGACAAAAAAGGCGGGGAAGAUGGAGAAAGAGACGACAGCUCAUGGGAGGGCGGUGACACUGUAUCAAAAUUGGCCAUGGGAAUUUUCAGCGGAAUUCUCAAAGGGCAAGGUGUCGGCGAAAGUGGAUUUGGUGGAGGCGACUGGGAUCCCGUAGCAACGGCAAAUUCAAUAAAAGACUUGAUUUCGGGAACGUUUAAAACUGUUUUCGAAAAGUAUAUACCUUCAAAAAACUUUGAUAUUGAGAAAAACUCAGAAAAAUUCACAAUAGCAACUAUGGACAUAUUGGACGGACUGUUUCCAGGAUGGCGAAAACAAGAUGGGUACAGUAGAGGGGUGGAUAUCGAUGUGAUUAAGUUAUUGGAAAGUAUUGAGGGCGAUCAACGAAUCACUGUAAUAACGUUCAUUGAAAAUUAUAUGGGAAACAAAGCCAGUGGAAAUACGAUUGUUGAAUUCAUGAAAACGUUAUUAGGUAUCAGCAAAACAGAUGGUAAAUGGGUAACGGAAAAGGAAGAUUGGAUAUCUAAAUUGACUAUGGGAGUUACCAGAGGCAUGAUAAAAGAUUGGCAAGCGAAAGAUGGAAAGGACGGUGUUGGACUUAGCUGGAAUGCCACAGCCUCUGCCAAUUCAGUCAGAAAUGCGGUCAAUGGUAUUUUCAAAGAGGUUUUUCCUGACUGGGACGAAAGUACAGAUCAACCAAGUGGUUUCGGUGUAUUCUGGAAUCCUGAAGGAAACUCAGAAAAAUUUACCAGAGCAACCAUGGACAUUUUGGAUAAGCUCUUUCCACAAUGGAGAGAAAGAAUGAGUUAUGGUAAAGGAUUGAGUAGCUCAGCAAAAGAUGGAAUUGGCAGUGAUUUAGGAGAUGGGAGAGUUGCCGUGAUAACGUUCGUUGAAGAUUUUCUGGAAGGUGAUGCUGGCGGCAGCGAUAAAAUUGUCGAAUUUGCAAAAGUCUUACUUGGUGUGAGCAAAAAAGAUGGAAUGUGGAAAGCAGUAAGAACAUUAGACACGGUAUCAAAAUUGACCUUGGGGAUUAUAAAAGGGAUGGUUUCAGAUUGGCAAGAAAAAGAUGAAGAAACUGGUAUUCCGAUGUUCAAUUUCGGUCAAGGUAGUUGGGAUCCUAUUGCAAGUGCAAAUACUGUCAGAACUUUAGUUAACAUGGUCAUGAAAAGCGUUUUUCCGGACUGGGAUGAAGGGCAAAGCAGACCAGGAACACUAGGAAUGGCAUUUGAUAUCGAGAAAAAUGCUGAACAAUUUACCGAGGCAAGUAUGGACGUUUUGGAUGGAAUGUUGCCUAAUUGGCGCAAAAGGAUUGACUAUGGAAAAGGAUUAAGUGUUGAUGUAGUUGAUUUGGUGGAUGGCGACGAUGGGGACCAGAGAGUAGCAGCAAUCAAAUUUGUCAACGAUUUUCUAGGAAGUAAAGCUGGCGGGAGCAAAAAAAUUGUGGAGUUCACAAAAACUCUACUUGGUGUUCGAAGAAAGAGCGGAAAAUGGAGGGUAGAAAGAAGUUCUGAUGUGAUAUCACGAUUUACAAUGGGAAUUAUAAGAGGAAUGGUUAAAGAUUGGCAAGAUAAAGAUGGACUUGUUGGUGUUGGCUUAAACUGGGAUCCCAAAGCAUCUGCCACCACUAUUGCAAAAUUGAUCAAUGAUGUUAUGUCAAGCACAUUUUCGACUUGGGAUACAGUGACAGAUGCACCAGAUGGAUAUGGGUCAUUCUGGGACCCUGAAGGGAAUUCAGAAAAAUUCACCAGAGCAUGUAUGGACAUUUUAGACGACGUUUUACCUGGAUGGAGGGAAAAACACAGAUACGGAAAAAGUCUGGGUGGCCUGGCAUUUGACUCAUACGGAGGCGAUCUUGGCGAAGGAAGAAUUGACACUAUUGUCUUUGUUGAGAACUUUUUAGGAAGUGAUGCUGGAGGAAGCGAUAAGAUUGUGGAAUUUUUGAAGAUGCUACUUGGGGUUGAAAAAAUAGAUGGAACGUGGAGAACAACAGGUCCAAUGACCACGGUAUCAAAGUUGACUCUGGGUAUUACUAGAGGAAUGAUCAAAGAUUGGCUAGAUAAAGACGAAGAUGUGUCAGACUGGCCAACAGUUAGUUUUGCUGAAGGUGAAUGGAAUCCUAUAGAAACUGCAGCAAGCAUCAGAAAUCUGUUCAGCGGAAUUGUGAAAGGAGCGUUCCCUGAGUAUAUUCCCGAUUUUGAUAUUGAAAAGAAUUCAGAAAAAUUCACUAAAGUAUCAAUGGACGUUAUGGAUGGACUUGCUCCAGGAUGGCGCAGAAGAUUGAGCUAUGGUAGUGGUCUGAAAUUCGAAGUAACACAAUUGUUGGGAGUUGGUGAUGGCGAUCAUAGAGCUGCUGUAAUGACGCUUAUUAGUGAUUAUCUUGGAAAUAACAAGAUUGUGGACUUUAUGAAGACUUUGUUAGGUGUAAAAAGAAGUGGUGGAAAAUGGGUAACUGCACGGGAACCAGACAUUAUAUCAAAAUUUACUAUGGGAACUACUAAAGGCCUAAUCACAGACUGGCAAGAAAAAGAUGGGAAAAAUGCCGGAAAUGACUGGGAUCCUACCGCCUCGGCCAAAUCAAUCAGAGAAACAGUAAAUGGAGUUUUACGUGGUGCCUUCCCAGAUUGGGACAGCACAAGAGACAGGCCAGAUGUAGCAGGUAUAAAUUGGGAUCCGGUAGCAAAUUCAAAAAAAUUUACCAAAGCAUGUAUGGAUAUUAUGGACGAGACAUUCCCGAAAUGGCGGCAGAGGGUCAGAUAUGGCAAAGAUUUGGAGGCUGGAGCAAAGAAAUCUAUUGGUGAUGGACGAGUUGAUGUGAUUCAAUUCCUUGACAAUUACAUGGGAGGCAACGUAGUGGAAUUCGGAAAAGCACUUCUCGGUGUUAGAAAAGUUGGCGGAAAAUGGAUGGCAGCAAAAUCAUCAGAUACGGUAUCCAAAUUAACUUUGGGAAUAACCAGCGCAAUGGUAGAAGAUUGGCAAGAAAAAGACGACAGUGUCUCAGAUGGAUCUGGCAAAGGAGAUUGGGAUCCAGAAGAAACAGGAAGAUCAGUGAGAAAUUUGAUUACAGAGACACUGCGGGGAGUGUUUCCCGAUUGGAACGAGAAAAAGGAUGAACCGGAUAUACCCGGUGUUAAAUGGAAUCCAGAAGGAAAUUCAGAAAAAUUCACGAAACUUUCAAUGGAUAUUCUAGAUGUUAUGUUUCCAGGAUGGAGAGGUAGAUCUGGAUAUGACCUGAGUGGCACAUUGGGUAAAGAUUCAGAUGAAAUGUCUUUAAUUAAAAAUUUAUUGGCUGGAAGUGGAGACAACAAACUCGGUCGUUUCUUGAAGGCACUGUUUGGAGAUGGACAAUACGACACGGUGGCCAAGCUAACGACUGGAAUUUCAAGAGGAAUGAUCAAAGAUUGGAAAGAAAAAGACGGACAAGAGGGCGUUGGAGAUAACUGGGAUCCUGAAAUGACUGCAAAAUCAAUCAGAAAUUUGUUUGAUAGUGUUUUGAAAGGAGUAUUUCCAAAAUGGGAUGAAAGCCAAGACAGACCUGAUGUACCUGGAAUUAAUUGGGAUCCGGCAACCAAUUCAGAAAAAUUUACGAAAGCAUCAAUGGAUAUCUUAAACGCCUUAUUUCCUGAUUGGUUGGAGAACUUUCUCAGAGGAAAACUCGGUCGUGAUGACAAAAGGACUGAAACAAUGAAAUUAAUCAUUGAUAUUUUAGGAACUGGAAGCGAAAUGAAACAAUUGACAGAUUUUAUGGCGACUCUUUUUGGUGUUGAAACGGAAGAUGGAAAGUGGAAGCCAGAAGGAAGACAGGAUACGGUGUCAAAACUGGCGCUUGGUAUAACCCGAGGAAUGAUUAAAGACUGGAAAAACGGUGGAACAGGUGAUUCUGCGGGCGACUGGAAUCCAAAAGAGUCUGCAAACGCAUUAAGAAAAUUACUUACCGGUGUUUUGAGAGGAGUAUUUCCAAAUUGGGAUGAAAAAGAGGACAGGCCAGAUAUACCUGGGAUCAAUUGGGACCCAGAGAAAAAUUCAGAAAAGUUUACCAUAGCAUCUAUGAAGUUUUUGGAUUCAAUUCUUCCGGGAUGGCGAAAAAGGUUCGGAUAUGGAGAAGGAAUGGGACAACAAGGAAUGGGAAUGUUUGGCCUUACUCAGUGGAAUCCAAGAAAAAACGCAGCGACUGUCACAGAAAUGACUAUGGGUGUCCUAGAAGGACUUUUUCCCGGAUGGCAAAGCAAAAGUCCAAAGCCUGGCUAUGCUGGUGGAUAUGGUGUUGGCCACGGAAUGAGUGGAUUUGGUGGUAUUCAAUGGAAUCCAGCAAAAAAUGCACAAACCGUAACUGAAAUGACUAUGGGUGUUCUGGAAGGAUUAUUCCCAGGAUGGCAAAGUAAGCAAAACAUGGGAGGAUAUUCGGGCGGAUAUAGCAGCAAAGGAGCACGUGGAUUUGGCACGAGUUACGACGGCAGUAAAGGAGAAUUCGAAGAUUGGAUGAAAGGUCGUGGCUGGGCACAAGGUAGUGGCGAUGAACUGGGAACAUUCACUAAAAUAAUGAGCUCAGUGAUGGAUUUUUUGAAAGGGAUGUUUGGAGGAUGGCCAACCUACAAUUAGUAAAGAUGAGAAACUCAUAUUAUCAUAUAAUAUAAGUGUUGCCUACUUUUCUACGAGAAAUUCAUAGAUAUUUUGUGUUGCAAGUUGCAACAAUUUUAUAUGUGAUCGACUCUUGGAUAAGUAAGAAAAUAGUGUAUAACCGAGUGGUGCGUGGUGAAUCUACAAUCGAGAUAUUUCUUCUAAGUUCCAUUUGAACUUAUUACAUGUUCAAUUAUACAUUUAUAUACUAACCAAAAUGAGAAUUAGUUUAUUUGGAGUGUUUGAAAAAUGAAUUAAAUUUAA